CACAGGCGAUGUCAAAAGAAUUUCACGUUAAAAGUAAAUAAAGUGUGAUAAUACUGGUUUCUCCUGUUUGCCGAUGUGGUGAUGUGACUGCAAGUGUAGGAACGGUCUCCGCAGAUUGUUUGAUGUCAAACAAAAUCAGUUCAUGACGAAGCUUGGUACAAUAAGAAUAAGAAAAAAAUAAAUAUAUUUUUUUUUGUAAAUAGUGCCGUGAUCUAAAUUCUUUUGUGUCUUUUUGUUUUCAAAAAACCAUAAUGUUAAGGUUACUUGUGAUAUUUGUGUGCAUACAAAGUUCCGUAUUCGGACAAAAUAUUCAAUUUCCUUUUGAUUUGUCGCAAUUCACGAACGUCUUUGGGAAUUUCCCAGUGUUUCCAAACCAGAUGACUAUGAAUAACAAUAACAAUCAAAAUAACGGAGUUUCUGUAGAUGACAGAGGCAGUUUUGGCGAAAUCGUAAAACCUGAUGUUUCUGCACCAACACUACGACCUCCAACUGCCGAUUCUGAACGAUGCAAUUGUGUUCCUUAUCACUCCUGCACCGACAACAAGCGAUCUGUUGACUUUAACUCAAACAACAAGAUUGAAAUUCAAUAUUUGGAUGGAACGUGUGAACAUUAUUUGGACGUUUGUUGUGGAGCGGGCGAUGGCGCUAGUCAACCUGCGCCAAAUCCGGCACCAACGCCUCAGCCAGCUGUCGUACCGCAACCACAACCUGCACCAGCUCCAGCUCCAGCUCCUGCACCGCAACCGACUACAGCACCACAAACAGAGCCGAUUGCAUUACCGGGUUGUGGUGUCCGAAAUGAGGGAGGAAUUGACUUUACCAUAACUGACGUUGAUCCCAAGUUCGCUGGAUUCGGAGAGUUUCCGUGGACCGUUGCUCUCAUUGAUGUCAAUACGGGACGUUGUGAUUGUGCUGGCAGUUUGAUUCUUCCACAAGUUGUUUUAACAGCUGGUCAUUGUGCAAGUGCUGCACGUGCAAGAAGCCUCAAAGUCAGAGCGGGAGAAUGGGACACUCAAACGGAAAAAGAACGUUUACCUUACCAGGAGAGACGAGUUGCCGAAGUACUGCCACAUCCAAUGUUCAAUGAUAAAACACUUAGCUAUGACUUGGCAUUAAUUCGUCUAGAUUCGCCAUUUAACUUAGAUCGUCACAUCAACGUCGUUUGUUUGCCUCCUCAAAAUUAUCAAGCAGUUAGUAAAAAUUGCUUUGCCACAGGAUGGGGAAAAGAUCAAUUUGGAAAAGCUGGUGUCUAUAGUGUAAUGUUGAAGAAAGUUCCCUUACCGAUGGUUCCACAUGCAACGUGUCAAAAUAAGUUGCGAACAACUAGAUUGUCGCAAAAAUUCAAUCUUCACAGUUCGUUCGUUUGUGCAGGUGGAGUUCCAGGAACUGAUACAUGCGAAGGUGAUGGCGGCGCUCCCUUGCAUUGUCCUGCUCAAAAUAAUCCCAAGAAAUUCGUACAAACUGGAAUUGUCGCUUGGGGCAUUGGAUGCAAUACUGAUAUUCCUGCGGUGUAUGCCAACGUUGCUUCCAUGAGAAAUUGGAUUGACGAAACAUUACAAGCACGUGGAUUCGACAUAACACCUUACUCUUCUUAUUAAAUCUAAUAAAAUUGCAUUUAAUUAAACUUCAA